AUGGCCCCCUUACAGAGUUUGCAAAGUGAUCAACAUCUCUUUUUUGUUGUUGUUCAGCAAAAGUCAUCCGGAAAGGCGCUGUUUAACCUGAGUUGCAGCCAUCUAAAUCUUGCUGAAAAGGAGUAUUUUGGAUUAGAAUUCUGUAGCCAUUCUGGAAAUACUGUCUGGUUGGAACUUCUGAAGCCCAUUACAAAGCAAGUAAAAAAUCCUAAGGAGGUUGUUUUCAAAUUUAUGGUGAAAUUUUUCCCAGUGGACCCUGGACAUCUUCGAGAAGAGCUUACAAGGUAUCUUUUUACGCUUCAAAUAAAGAAGGAUUUGGCGCUAGGAAGGCUUCCCUGCAGUGACAACUGUACAGCGUUGAUGGUGUCUCACAUCUUGCAAUCAGAGCUGGGAGACUUUCAUGAAGAAACAGAUAGGAAACAUUUGGCACAAACUCGGUACUUACCUAACCAAGAUGAUUUGGAGAGCAAGAUCGUGCACUUCCAUCAGAAGCACAUUGGCAGGAGCCCAGCUGAAUCUGACAUUCUGCUCCUGGACAUCGCGAGGAAGCUGGACAUGUAUGGCAUCAGGCCGCACCCCGCCAGCGAUGGCGAAGGGAUGCAGAUCCACCUGGCUGUUGCCCACAUGGGCGUACUCGUGUUACGGGGAAAUACAAAGAUCAAUACUUUCAACUGGGCUAAAAUCCGCAAGUUGAGUUUUAAAAGAAAGCAUUUUCUCAUCAAACUUCAUGCCAACAUCUUGGUGCUGUGCAAGGAUACGCUGGAGUUCACCAUGGCCAGCCGAGACGCCUGCAAGGCUUUCUGGAAGAUUUGUGUGGAGUACCAUGCCUUCUUCAGACUUUCCGAAGAGCCCAAAUCAAAGCCCAAAACCCUACUCUGCAGCAAGGGUUCCAGUUUCCGCUACAGUGGAAGAACCCAAAGGCAACUCUUGGAAUAUGGAAAAAAAGGGAGGUUGAAGAGCCUGCCAUUUGAAAGGAAACAUCACCCAUCCCAGUACCACGAGCGCCAGUGCAGGUCCUCACCAGACCUCCUCUCUGAUGUGUCAAAACAAGUGGAAGAUUUGAGACUAGCCUAUGGCAGUGGGUACUACCGAAACGUGAAUGGCGUACACGCGUCCGAGCCUGUGCUGGACAUUAGGAGGAGAAACUCUGCAGUGGAGGUGACGUUUGCAGCCGAGCUGGAGCGUUCCAGACCAGAGGCAGACCCCACGUCCUUACAUCCGUCCCAGAGCAGUUCUUCUUUCCCUUUUCUUUAUACAGACCCUGUCUUUAACACUGACCCCGACCCUGACACUGCCCCGAGAGACUACUUUGAGGAAAGGAGUCCUCUGACCUCCUUCCAAACAAGCCGUAAGUUUGCUGACAAUCACCUGAGCACAUGUUCUGGCCUCACGAGCAAAGUGAGUCCGGCAAGGCAGCUAACCUACACGGACGUGCCCUAUAUUCCUUGUACUGGCCAGCAGGUUGAUAUCAUGCCUCCGCAAGUCUUUUUUUACGUGGACAGACCACCCCAGGUGCCCAGACGGUCUCCGCUCAUGGCAGAGGAACGAGAAAGGCCAGGCAGCUGUCUACAGCCUACUGCAGUGAAGCCAGCCAAAAGAAGCCCAAGAAACAUCAGAAUGAAGAGCAUUCAGCAAGACUUUCAAGAACUCCAAGAGGCGAAGGCCAGGACUACUGGUAGGAGCAACAUCAGUGUAGAUUUAGAAGGAGACGAUCCGACUUGUGAUGAUGCCUUUGCAGGUAACAGUCAAGAGCAACAACCCCCUAAGCGGUCCCAGAGCCAAUCAGACAUGAAAACGAUCCGUUUUCCUUUUGGGUCAGAAUUUAGACCUUUAGGGCCUCGUCCUGCUCUGAGUCGUAAAGCUGACCUGUUUACAUAUAUGUUUGCAGAGCAGGCGUUUCCACCCGUUUUAAUGGAUCAGGGAGCCACAGAAAGGUAUGUAGCCAGUGAAUCCAGCGAUUCUGAAUCAGAGAUUCUGAAACCAGACUACUGCUCUUUGUAUGGCAAAGGAGUAAGGUCGCCCAUGGCCAGAAUCCGCCUCUCUUCUGGGAGUCUCCAGCUAGAUGAAGAAGAUGAAGAGGUCUCUUUCAAUACACCGGCUGCUGAGGACAGGACUUUGCAGAAACCGUGUAAUUACUUUUUAGCUUAAAAGUGUGAACUCUAUGAACAUUUCUAGGCCAGGUCCACGUUACCGACUGAGUUGCUUAAAACAGAAGGAACUUUCUGCACAAACCAUUUUCUUUGUUACUGUGCAUUUGGUAUUAUGGGAUUCUUCUAAGUGUGGGAACCCAGCUUCCGGAAGAUCGAGCUGCUGCCUCGUUCCUCAAGCCCUACUCUUCUCCUCCCUCUGAAUCAUUCUGGAACAUGUCCUUUCCUCACCAGCCCCGUGGCAGCGUGAGGUGGGGAUUUGUCAUCUCCAUUAUUUCCCCAUAGAGACAUUAGAAAUGACAUCAGGCUCUUCAGCACUCAAGAGUGACAAUAUGGGUUGGCCUACAGCAUUGGCUUCUGACAUUACUUAGUAAUUUAGUAGACUGCGUGUUGGACCUUUUGUUCUUAAGCGAUGCUAUGAUUAAAGGUUUCGGUCCUUA